ACCUGGGAAGACCCAGUAGCGAUGGAGCGGCCGAAAAGCUCAGAACUGGCGUCGGACACGUGAGAAAUCUCUGUGCGUAUCUCCAACACUCACUCUUCUCCUUGCACAGCUCCUGAGUCGCCCUCGUUCCGGGGACGGCUGAGGGGCUGAGAACGCAUUGUUGCAGGUAAUGGAGGCGAGGUAGUGAGUGGCCUCUACCGACCAUGGCCGAACAGCCUCCUGACCAACAGACCCUCCAAAAGAAAUUGCUCUUCUACGUCACUGCCAGCUUCAUCCUCCUCGCCACUUUUAGCCUGUUCGCCUUCCUCUUCCUCGUGCCUUUCGUCAUCGAGCCAGCCUUCACGACGAUUUUUAUGGAGUUCGACGAAACCCCAGUGACGUGUCAGACUAUAGAAACUAUCCACAACAAAGGGAUGUCGAAUUGUUCGUGGACGUCCUGCAAAGAGGGUUGUACAAAAGAUGUUUUCACUUGUACGCAGAUAAGAGUCAAUUACAAGGUGGACAGGGCUGAGAGGGGUGUAGGGGACAGGGCUGGUCGGGUCCCUAGAGCGAUCAGAGAUUACGACUAUCGCGAAGGCUACGACACCGUUCCGCAGGACUUGAUCGAAGACGAGGUCGCCACCGGUCCGGUGCACGGUUUCGCCCCGAACGGCUCCGAAUGGUAUUUCAUCGGCGCCAAGUUGCACCCGAACGUGAAGGGUUGCGGAUACCCGCCGAUGCUCAACUGUACCAUCUGGGUCCAGAAGCACAAGGAGGAAGGGGCCAACUUUUCCUGUUAUUAUUCUAGAAUAGAGCCCGGUCUGGUCAUUACCGAUCUGGACAUGUGGCAGGUCUACAUGAACCUGGUCUACGCCAUGGCGAUACCCAUCCCGUCCUUUAUCGUGUCCAUCAUCUAUCUCGCCAUGGCCUACCUCUACAUCUACAACGAUGAGCCGACACCGCUCGACGGCGAGGCCGAGGAGAGCACACCGCUCCCUCUUCUCACACCAGUGCCGCCGCCGACUUCAGGGGCGCUCACCCCGGCUUCGGAAGUGUUCCGUGAAGACCUCGCCAGCUUCGGCCACCAGCUGAAAGUCGCUAUGGCGGAUGACAUCAGCAGAGACAGCAUCUUUACGGACAGCGUACCGCUCAGCACAAAUUCCAUCAAUGGAAACUUGAACAAGAUGAUGACGACGAGUAUUAUAACGCCCCCUGGGCCGAUAGCUCAAGUCUGAAACGAUCCUUCCAACGCAUACCUGACAUCUCAUGGAAACCGCACUGAAACCCUUUCAACCAUCGGCACACCGGAGGAGCUCGUAUCGCUAUUUCGUCCCUUUAUUGAAAAAAAAACUUGUUGAUAUAAUAAAAAAAAUGCAAUGAAAAAAAAAUCACAAAUUCUUUUGUAGACUUUUCCGUUUUGUUUUUUAUGCUUAAGCAAGGGCGGUUAAUCUAGGCUCAGAAGGAAGAAGAUUCCCACGUUUCUUUGUUCUGUCGAAAGUGGAAAAUAAAACACGAAAAACGAUUUUUCUAAAGGUUGUGAAACUUCUGAGCACGGGAGAAAAUCAUUUUUGCACUUAGAGCGUACGCGCAUUUACCCCUCCAAAAAAAUCGCUGUUUUAAGAAAGAAAAUUUCUAAAUUUUGGAGAAAAAUAAAACCUGCUCAUGUCUUUUUUGUAUAUUCGCUGCUCAGUAAUUGUGAUUACAGCAUUUAUAAAUUGCCGUUGAGAUUUUAUUGGGAAAAUAUGUCAUUUGUACAUACUAUUUUUAAAAGGAACACAUGAGGUUUAGGCUUGAAAUGUCAAAAGACACUUCUGUUUUACUUUAGUUUAAGAUGGUUCAGCACAUAGGUGGUACAUAGUGAAAAUAGACAAAUCGAAAUAAUAAUAUAAAAAAAUAAAAAAUCCCACCUUGAAUUAUUUUUAAAGGGUUGCUAUAUUUGCAUUGUUUUCUAGUGCUUAAAGCACAGACGAGCAUUGUGAUUUCCCUCUGGCUUUUACCUAGAGCUAGAAGGUGUAUUACAAAAGAAAAAACAUAGUCCAUUCUAAAUCGCUUUUUACAGUACUGAUCAGCUGUAAAGGAAUCAAUCUUGUAAUAUAAUAAAAAUUAUAUAGUAUAAAAAUAUAAAUAUUGUAAAUAUAAUAAUAAAAAAGUUUAAAAAAAUU